UUAAGUAUUAAAUUAUAGAUAAAAUAGAAACAGACUGAUUCUGAAACUAAAUUCGUACAACAACACAUGUUUCUUUUUGUGUUUUUAUCUCACAUAACUUUCUUCAUCUGAAAGAACUAUGGAGAAACAACAUUUUACGAUAACAGUGAUUUAAAUUUUGAAAUGGAAACUUUAGAUCCAACAUUACAAAUAACUAUCGAGGACCUCCCCGAUGAAGUAUUAGAAUUCAUAUUAAGCUUUUUACCACCAUAUAAAGAUUUACAGAACUGUAAGAGUGUUUGUAAACGAUGGUGUGGUUGUGCUCAAAAUGUCUUACAUAAAACUUCUAUAAAAUUAAUAAAAGCUGUAGGCGAGUUCAAUAUAUUGUGGAAGAAUGUAACAGCUACAGAUAUAGUACCUACUAUAACAAAAAGGUUUUCGCAUGCAGCAUGUAUUCUUGAGAACAAUAUGUAUAUUUUUGGUGGCUGUACUACAAAUGCAACAUCAUUUAAUGAUUUGUGGAGAUUUGACUUGUCUAAAAGACAAUGGAUCAGACCACUCGCAACAGGCACAUAUCCUGUUCCCAAAGCAUAUACAACCAUGGUUAACUAUAAAGAUUAUUUAAUUGUUUUUGGGGGUUGGACUUAUCCAUCUCUCUCACAAUAUUACCAAAAUGUCACAAUGUUUAAUGAUAUUCACUUUUACUGUGUUAAAACUAAUAAAUGGAUAUUAAUUAAUGCAACAAAUCCUCCACCUCCUAUGGCAGGGCAUUCUGCAUGUAUGAAAGAUGAUGAAAUGAUAGUGUUUGGUGGCUUAGUUAUGUCACCUGCUCAGAUUUUCCAAAUGCAGUGUUCAAAUGAUGUAUGGGUAUUAAACAUGUCAACAUUUAGUUGGAGAAAACAAUCAACAACCAAGCCUCGACCAUCUCCACGCUAUGCUCAAUCACUCAUUAAGCUGGACUGUGACAGACUUAUGCUAUUAGGGGGUGUGCAAACUUUACAAAAUCGCUUUGUUUAUAGUGAUUGUUGGAUACUUACCAUGAAAGGUCCUAUAUGGACAUGGAAAGAAAUAGCUGUUAAAAAUAAAGAAUGGGCUUCUGCUAAUAUAUGGUGUAACCCAGCGUGUAGAGUUGGAGACAAAAUUGUAAGUCUGAGUAGGAGUAGAAAUGGAUGGAAUAGUGCUAAGCCAUUAGUGACAUCAGCUGUUAGAUUAUCAAACCAUAAUAGGGAAGGGGCACCAGUUUCUGUGAGAGUUGAACAAAGUUUACAAAGACCAUUAGAUAGAGACCAAAAUAUCAAUGGAAGGCGUGGAGUGUUGCCCAGGCAACGAAAUCCAAUUAACGAACCAACAGCUGGACCUAGUAAUGAAAAUGAUCAAUCUCUUAAUUUGGGAAUAUUAAAUACUAAUCAGGAUGCUAAUAUUGCUAGUUCCAGUGCUGAAGUAAGGCAAAAUAACACAUUUGACAUUUCUAAAAAAGAAUCAGCUCUGAGAAGAAGUAAAAAUAAGAAUAAAGGAAUGAAAAUAGUCAGACAAUUACAAGAAGCUAAUAAAUACAGAAUGGCUGCUUUUGCUUGUGAUUCUGCUGGUAGUAAUGCACCACCAGAAAAUGAUCUCAUUAAUCAACGGCAAAUAGCCCACUUAGAAAAUAGGAUAGAACCACCUGCUGAUAAUCCUCAACAAAGACCUCCAGCUGUUAAGAAAAUAAAACGAAAUACUCUUGCAAUGCAUGUAUUGGAUAUUUCUACAGUAGUUGAUGGAAAUUCAUUAAAUUUUGUGUCAUGGUUAUGUCCCCGUCUUGGUGAAAUGCAUGGUGCACCUGAAGAGUUAGUUAUGUACUCUUUAGUCAAGGGCAAUGGUGAAUUAAUAAUGUUUGGUGGUGUACACAAUGAUAUAAGUAUUUUGAAUUACUCUGAACAACAGAACAUGUAUUCUAAUUCCUUACAUUUCAUUUCACCACCUAGAGACAUCAUUUAAACUCAAUAAUUGCUUUACUCUCUGUAUUAAUUUAAAUAUUUUUCUACAUUGUGUUGUGACUAAAGCUAAGGCAAUCAAUAAUUUCAUGUUUUUUGUUAUAACAAUGUUGUAAGUGUUGGUGUUUUAAAUUGGAUUUGGUAUUCCUUAAAUUUCUUACCAAAUUUGAAAAUCUGUUAAAUGUGUGCAUCAAUGUAUAGUUUAUGAAAUAACAGUAAACAUUACAAUACAAUUAAUAUUAGCUUUCAAGUGGAAAAAUGCUCUUUUAAUCACUUCUUCAUGCUUUAACACUUAAAUAAUCUAUAUAAAUGAUUAUUUCAUCAGAGGGAAACCAAAA